UCACGCGCUGAAGAGCAGGGCUGUUCUCCCACGGAGAGCUCUUACCAGUGUGUUUUUUCACGGGCGUGUGAACGGAACCAAUCGACCAGCAAGUAACGCCAAUGCACGCGAGCUCAAGCAGAGGAGCUGUCCAGCCGCCGCAGUGCUGAAACUCUCGCGUCCAUCCCACUCCGCUUCACCCUGAGGUAAAUGUUGACGAAAACAACGACAUGUUACCAAAAUCCAGACGAGCUCUCACCAUUCAAGAGAUCGCAGCGCUGGCUAGAUCUUCACUUCACGGUAUCUCCCAGGUGGUCAAAGAUCAUGUGACGAAGCCCACGGCGAUGGCGCAGGGGCGUGUGGCCCACCUGAUCGAAUGGAAGGGCUGGUGUAAACCCCCCGACACCCCCAGCGCCCUGGAGUCCCACCUCACGUCUUACUCGCAUCUUUCAGAGGGCGAGCAGGAGGCACGUUUCGCUGCAGGAGUGGCAGAGCAGUUUGCAAUCGCUGAGGCAAAACUACGUGCCUGGUCCUCAGUGGAUGGUGACGAAUCUAAUGACGAUUCUUACGAUGAAGAUUUUCUACCUGCAAAUGAGCCCGUCACACAGAGCACAGAUCUGUCCUCGUACCCUCACUACCUGCGGGACCUCUUACACACUCAGGUGUGCCAAGCUCACUUGCGGAGUCGAGGUCUGUGUGAGGCUGAAAGCGGUGUUGGAGCUGACCUUUCACCUCUUGUGGGGUCGCCAGGGUCGCCGUCGGACACACUCUGUUCCAGCAUGUGCAGCUUAGAUGAGAAACACCCGUUGUUACGGGACCUCGGUCACCACACGGAUGCUCCCGCGGCUGACCUCACCGCUAAGAUUCUUGGAGUUCUUCAGGGAGGUGAGGAGCUACUCUUGGCCCGCCUCCAGAGGGUGAUGCACAGACGAGGCCACACCCCCUGUUGUUUGGCAACAUACUCUGAGACAUUCGAAGACGAUGAUACACCUUGUAAGGACUGUGGAGGUGGAGUCUGCCUUCCGCCGGAAUAUUCCGUGCAUAGAAAGGUGUCGGACGUUGUCUCGUCUGGAGUAGUCUCGCUCGAUGAGGAAGAAGUGGAUGUAGAUGUAGAGGAAGUGGAGAGAGAAGAACAGUGACCAACUGUCAAUCAUCUCUCAGUUUGACAUGACUCUGCAUGUUUAUUUUGGACUCCUCCCACUAAUUAGCAUUUUGGUCUUUCCUCACCCCGUUCUGGGCGCCAAAUGCUCUCGUGGUUCGACCUUUAAUAGCGAAAAUACUGCACCUGAACGUAAGACUGAAUCUUAUGUUUUACGUCUUAAAGAACAAACAACAAAAACAUACAAAGUUUUGCAAAGGAGGAACUAAAGACUGACCUAAAUAUCUCUGCAUGUAUUGCAAGUGCCGAACUGAACAUACAGUCAUAAAUGUUUGGAUCUGGACAUCCUGUUGUUUAGCACGGUUUGUGGAUUUGGCUGUUGUGUAACCCUGCUCCUUAUAUGAUGUCAGGCCACAUUGCAUUCUGGGUCUUGAUGAUAUGACGCCUGUUCCCUGGUACCCGGUUGCAUCUUUUGGGCAUGGCUUGUUAAGUAUGUCAAACUUGAACUAUCUGAUCUGUCACAAUCGUUUAUGAGGUGAUGCGGGAAUGCCGAAUGUUUACACAGUGACAGAAAGAUAGAACAUAGAAUGCAUAAAAAUACUGACGAUCAAGUUAUGCUUUUGUUGAAAUUGAUUUGCAGAUGUUACCAGUCUAGAAUGGCCUUUUCCCCACCGCGGUUAUCGUGCUAAAUGUGCACUUACUUCUUUAAACCGCUAUGUGGCGCUAUAACCACAUUAUUUCACUAGACGGGAGCUAAAUGCACCAAAGCUCAUUUUCACGAGAAGCAAACUUUGCAGGCCGUUGUUGCUUUUAAAGAACGGGCUCAAAAGGAAGAGUUUGUGGACGAAGCUCAGGUUCAUGCAUUGUGAGCUUAAGUAUAUGCGAUUAAUUAAAUGCAUUUAUUUUUACAGUGAUUAUUUGCAAUAAGAGUAAAUAGCUCUGCCAACACAACCGGGCAAUUUGCAGAUCAACUGUACCUGUUCCCAAGGUAUUUUUAUAUUGAUUUUCAGCAAGAUGGUACGAUUAACAAGAACCUAUAAAGCAACAGUUUCCAUUUAUUGGAAAACGCCGACAUUCUAGCAUUUUUUAAAAUUAUAGUAUGCAUACUGUAUGUUAAAUUAAUGAGCUAUAACUUUAAUUUAUUGUAUUUUUAAUCUCUAUACAAAUCGAAAUGUAAAAAAAUAAAAUAAUUAUAAUAUUAACAAUGUAACAUCUCUGACUUCACACUUAACAAAGGUGCAAAAAGUGUCCGUUUGCAUCAUCUGGUGGUGAUUUUGCGAACGAGUCUAACGUGUGACUUUAAUUUACAGUUUUAUCACGGUGAUACGCGUGGCGAAAAGGGUCAUUUUGGUCUGGUACCUACUGUAUUAUAACUAUUAUUAUUAUUUAAUUGAUUCAUACUAUUCAAUUGAAUGUUUGCCUUUUCACCUGUUUCGUUAAUGGAAUAGUUCACGCAAAAAAUGAUAAUGAUGUCAUUAAUUACCCACCCUCAUGUCAUCCCAAACCCCAUCCUGUUAUUUUUUUUAUUUUAUUUAUUUAUUAAUUUUUUUUGGGGGGGGGGAUUUUUCCCCUUUUUCUCCCAAUUUGGAAUGCCCAAUUCCCAAUGCGCUCUAAGUCCUCGUGGUCGCAUAGUGAUUCGCCUCAGUCUGGGUGGCGGAGGACGAAUCCCAGUUGCCUCCGCGUCUGAGACAGUCAACCCGCGCAUCUUAUCACGUGGCUUGUUGAGCGCGUUGCCACGGAGACAUAGCGCGUGUGGAGGCUUCACGCCAUCCACUGCGGCAACCACGCUCAAUUCACCAUGCACCCCACCAAGAACGAACCACAUUAUAGCGACCACGAGGAGGUUACCCCAUGUGACUCUACCCUCCCUAGCAACCGGGCCAAUUUGGUUGCUUAGGAGACCUGGCUGGAGUCACUCAGCACGCCCUGGGAUUCGAACUAGCGAACUCCAGGGGUGGUAGCCAGCGUAUUUUACCACUGAGCUACCCAGGCCCCUAUCCUGUUAUUUUUUUAUUUAUUUCCAUGUUUUUUUUUUUAUAAAACACCAUAAAUGGACCGUAAACGUUGUCCAAAAUUAGCGUGCUGUAUUCCAAGUGUUUUGAAGCUUUGCAUAAGGAACAGAUUUAAAUUUAAAUCAUUAUUUACUGAUAAUCAUCUCCUCUGAUACAGCUCUCACACCUCAUAAGUGCCAGGUGUGACGUCACUGACGCCAAACACCACUGGUUCUCGCAAGUCUGGCCAUGCCAGCUCAAAUAUAUGGACAACUUAUAGUAACGAUUUUAUUUUUUAAUUCCUGACAUUUUAUCUUUAAGGAAACCUAUCAGAUUUAUCCAGAAGACUUGGAAUAUUGCACACAAAAAAAAAAAAAAAAAAAAUGUUUUUCUUUUUGGUGUUCCACAAUAAAAUAACAGCAUUUAUGAGUUUAUAGGGGGGAGUAAAUAAUACCAUCAUUUAAAUUUUUGGUUGAGCUAUUCCUUCAAUAUUUUAAAAGCGUUAUUGUUCAAAGAUGAACACAGUGAAUGUUUAGGAGUUGAUCCAGUGUUGUUGAAGCCUUGUAUCCGUGGGUCAGUUUAAAAGCCGGACUUUCGGACAGUCGCUCUAUUUUUGUACUGUGUGGUUUUUGCGGUGAAUUGCCUAUUUGGACUAAGUGAGUAACGCUGUGGUUUGUUCACAAGAUGCUUGUUUAUUGCUUUCUUUCUCUCUUUCUGUAUCUGAAUUAUCACUGUGUGAUAUUGUCUACAUCAGGAAAAAUAAUACUUAUGUGAAAAAAGAAACAAAUGGCCUGUUUUUCUUUGUUAUUCAUCUAUGAGGGCGGUUGUAUUUAAUAUUGUUAUUGUCAUCAUC